AUGGGCGACUGCACCAAUGGACAAUUCAAAGCAAUUCGGCCGGCGGCACGAGUUGCUGGCCAACGUCAAGACGUGUGGACGAUUGUGAAUGAUGCCGCGGCAGCGUCACCGGUCAAACCCAUUGUGAAUAUGGGGCAGGGCUUCUUCGGUUACAACCCUCCAGACUUUAUCAUUGAGGCGGCUCGGGAGGCUGUCACUAGGGUAGACGCAAAUCAGUACUCCCCGACAACUGGCCGGCCGAAUCUAAAAGCCGCCAUCGCCAAGGUCUACUCCAAGAGUUUGGAAAAGGAGAUUGACCCGACCACUGAAGUGACGAUCACUACAGGGGCGAAUGAAGGCAUGCUAUGUGCUUUCAUGGCCUUUGUUGAGGACGGCGACGAGGUCAUUGUCUUUGAGCCUUUCUUUGACCAAUACAUCAGCAACAUUGAAAUGGCGGGAGGCAAAGUGAGAUAUGUUCCCCUGGCUCCACCCCCAGGAGGCGACCAUAGCACGUCGUCGUCGGGAGAUUGGAAAAUCGACCUGCAAAAGUUCAAGGACACGAUCACUCCGCGCACUCGCAUGAUUGUCAUCAACUCUCCUCAUAACCCCGUGGGAAAGGUUUUUACCCGUGCGGAACUCGAGGAGAUUGGAAAUAUCUGCGUGGCACACAACAUCAUCAUACUCUCGGACGAAGUCUACGACAGCCUCUUUUACGUACCCAUGACACGCAUGGCAACGAUUUCUCCAGCGAUUCGAAAUUUGACCCUCACCGUAGGAUCUGCUGGCAAGAUUUUCUAUGCCACGGGAUGGCGCGUGGGGUUCCUUAUAGGCCCGCAGCAUUUGAUCAAAUAUGUCAGUGCCGCGCACAUGAGGAUUUGUUACUCUAGUCCUAGUCCACUCCAGGAAGCAUGUGCCGUUGGCUUUGCACAGGCUGAUGAGCACAACUUUUGGGAGGAUUCCCGGAAAAGUCUGCUCGGCAAGAUCAAGCGGUUCACCGAAGUGUGCGACGAGCUGGGCCUGCCCUACUCGAUGCCAGAGGGCGGAUACUUUGUCAUGGUCAACUUUGCCAAGGUCAAGAUCCCCGAGGACUAUCCGUUUCCACCGCAUGUGGCCUCUCGGCCGCGGGAUUUUCGGCUGAGUUGGUUUUUGACGGUCGAGUUUGGCGUGGCGGCGAUUCCGCCGACUGAGUUUUACCUCCCGGAGAAUGCGCAUUUGGCUGAGAACUAUUUGAGAUUUGCUAUUUGCAAAGAGGACAGCGUCUUGGAAGAUGCAAAGUCAAGGUUGAGGGGAUUGAGGAAAUACAUGUAA